AUGAAUACCAACACCAAUCCCAAUCGUACUAACCGAGCUCAGAACCGAGGCACUCGUGGUCGCGGAGGAGCUCAGCGGGGCCCUGGGAAACGGGACCCUGCUGCAGGUCCUGCACGAAGCACUUGUGGACCGCCUGCUAGACCGCAGCAGGUCUCUCAAAGAGGUGAAGCUGAUGAAUUACUCCACUCUCAUGAGCAGGCACUAGAUAAAAUGUGUUGUGAAGUUGGCAUUCAGUAUGAGUGGCCUAUCCAUCCAGGGUUCAGCACCUAUGGAGAACCAGUUGCACUGGUUGCCAACUUCUUUGCAGUGAGGGUCACAAAUUCACUGAUUUAUAUGUAUCAUGUCAAAGUUGAACCAACUAGGAAUGCAAAGGAUGUUCAACAUCGCCUCCUACUGUUACUGGAGCAGACUAAUGAGCAGACUUGGCAGAGUGUCAAGUCCUCCAUGGCAUUUGAUGGGAGAGAGACAUUAGUAUCUGCCAAGGAGCUGCCCCAACCCAUGCAGAUUACUGUGAGGUUCUUCAAGGAAGGACAGACACCUGGUCCAAACUCACCAGGGUAUACUGUCUCCCUUGAAUUGCUCUGCAAAUGGGAUAUUAGCAAACUCAAGAAAUACCUCCACUGUGAUGUCAAUAAUGAAAAAUACAACAUUUCCCCACUCAUAUCUGCAUACAACAUUGUUCUUCAGCAACAUGCAUCGUUGACUGCAAUUCAAGUUGGAAACAGUUGCUACUUCAAGUUCCCAGGCUACAAGGGAAAUGAGCUCUCAUCCAGGCUUAUGGGCUUGCAAGCAUUCAGAGGUUUUUUCUUGUCUGUGAGACCUGUUUUUGGAGAGCUGAUGGUCAAUGUUGGUGUAUGCAUGACACCCUUCUACAAGCCUAUCACAUGA